AUGAAGAUGUAUAGAAUAGAUAGUACCACAAUGGUAUUGUCGAUUGUAGUAUUAUUUUUCGGAUCUAUAUUGGUAUGCAGUGCAGGCGAUCAUCAUAAAUACUCACAUGGUGACAAGAUUCCAUUCUAUGUCAAUAAUAUCGGUCCAUUCUCAAAUCCAUCUGAGACCUAUGAGUAUUUCUCAUUGCCUUUUUGCCGACCUGAGCAUUUGACUCACAAAAAGUCAAAGUUGGGUGAGAUCUUACAAGGUGAUUCUGCUGUUCUUUCAGAUUAUGAUUUACCAUUUAGAGUCCAAAAAGAUGAUGAAAGACUAUGUACAAUGAAAUUAACAAAAAAAGACAUUCAAAAGUUUAAGGAUGCAAUCUCUGAGAUGUAUUAUGCAGAGAUGAUCUACGAUGAUUUGCCAAUAUUCACAUAUAUCGGUGCUUCUCAAGAAGAUAAGGUUACACAGACCACCCGUUAUGUAUUGUUCACUCAUCUACCAUUCAAGAUCGAAUUCAACAAUGACCAAAUUAUUAGAAUCGAAAUAGAUACAGAGGAAUUGAGUGGAGUAGAGUUGGCAGAUGAAGAGGAAAUGACAGUGACUCUUACCUACAGCGCAAAGUGGAAGCAAAUCGACUAUCCAUUCUCCAAGAGAAUGGAACUUUACGAGGACUUCUUCCCAAAGGAAUUGGAAAUUCAUUGGCUUUCAAUUAUGAACUCUUUCUUCUUGGUUGUACUUCUCACUGGUUUCCUUUCUAUCAUCAUUAUGAGAAUCUUAAAGAACGAUUACUCGAGAUACUCAAAGGCUGACGAUGAAGAAGAUGAGUUGUCUCUAACCACUUUGAAUGAUAUCAUCAUCGAUGCAAUAUUUAUAGAUCAAGAGGAUUAUGGAUGGAAAUUGAUUCAUGGUGAUGUAUUUAGAUUCCCACCAUACAAGAAUUUGUUCUCUGCUCUCUAUGGUAUUGGUUGGCAAUUCAUUACAAUUGUAUCUGGUAUUCUAAUUCUUGCUUUGUUUGGCACAUUCUAUCCAAAUAAUGGUGGAAAUAUGUACACUGCCGGUGUUGUCUUGUACGCACUAACCUCAAUUAUCUCUGGAUAUCAAUCAGCUAAAAUGUACAGAAAUAUGGGUGGCAAUAAGUGGGCUUGGAAUAUUGUUUUAGCAGCCACUAUCUUUACAGUUCCACUUCUGAUUGUUGCUUUCCUCUCAAAUACUGUUGCCGUUACCUGGCACUCUACUGUUGCUAUUCCAAUUCUCACAAUCAUUGAAGUUCUCACUAUUUGGGCAUUGGUUGGUUUCCCACUGACUGUUAUCGGUGGAAUUGCUGGUAGACGUUGGUCAGGUCCAUUGGAGGUACCAUGCCGUACCAAGAACUUCCCACGUGAAAUCCCACCUAUCCCAUGGUUCCGUCGUCUGCCAUUCCAAAUGUUGAUGGCCGGUUUCCUCCCAUUCAGUGCUAUCUAUAUCGAACUGUUUUACAUUUUUAACUCUGUUUGGGGACACAACAGCUACACACUCUACGGUAUCCUAUGUCUAGUCUUUAUAAUCCUUGUGAUUGUGACAUCUUGUAUCACCGUUGCUUUUACCUACUUCCAACUGUCGAUGGAAGAUCAUCGUUGGUGGUGGACAUCAUUCAUAAAUGGAGGUGUGGUCAGAAACAGUCCUUCCACAACAAUGGGGGCGACGUUGGUUUGA